UAUCCCAUAAAUCCCCAUUAACAUUCAUCCCAUUCCCUCCACCAACAACAUCACCAUGGCUUACACACCUCUCUCUCUCCUCGUCCUUCUAUCACUCACCACCCUGCUCCUCCUCCUUUCUCCUCAAACACAAGCCCAAUCGCCCUCUGCUCCGGCCCCCGCCCCCUCUGGCCCGAUCAACAUCACGGCGAUCCUCGAAAAACCUGGCGGAUUCAGCGACUUCAUCCACUUACUCAAUGUGACACAAGCCGGAAACCAAAUCGACAACCAAGUCAACAACUCCAAUGACGGUAUGACCGUCUUUGCCCCGACUGACAACGCCUUCGACAACCUCCCGGCGGGCACUCUUAACAAGCUGACCAUGGAACAACAAGUACUACUUGUUCAGUACCAUGUUUUGCCCAAGUUCUAUAGCUUAACUGAUCUUCUAACGGUGAGCAACCCGGUCCAAACACAAGCCAAUGGCCCGAACGGUAAGAAUUUCGGACUCAAUUUCACCGGCCAGGGGAACCAAUUAAACGUCUCGACUGGAGUCGUUGAAACCCAAAUCUACAAUGCCGUACGCUCUAAUCGUCCUUUGGCUGUUUACCAAGUGGAUAAAGUGUUGUUGCCAUUGGAAUUCUAUGAAUCUCUAGCUCCGUCCUCCUCUCCACCACCACCACCUGAAAACGCCCCAGCUAGUGGCCCCAGUGGUACAAAGACGACAGCUGCAAAGCCAUCUUCUACAAAUGAUUCUGGGAGGAUGAAUGUGGGGGUGGAUUUGGUUGCUGGUCUUUUGUUGUUUUGCAUUGGAUAUCUUUCUUGAGGAAGCAAGAAGAAUAUAGGGGUCGUUUUCAAAAUAUGGUAUAAGUUGCUGGGUGUCUGGCAUCUAUACCAACAACCAUGAACUUUUGUAUUUCUUUCUUGCUUGGCAUUGUUUGAUUGCUUCUUCAUAUCAGUUUCACUCUACAUGUUUGUUAUUUUUGUCUAUCAAGAUGGCUAAACUAUUCAUUUGGU